AAUCGAAAUUUCCUGGCGCGUCCCUUGUUGGGUUCACCGUGGCUGAACCACACAUAAUAAAUGUGUUAAUCAUUUAUCUUCACGCUUGUUUGUAACUACUGAAACUUACUUACGUGUGCUUCAGAUUAAUUCUCAUUUUGGAAGAGGAAGAGAGAUCAACCAGACAAGAGAUGAAGUUCUUGGUGAGUUGCUUCCUAUGUCUUCUUUUCUUUAUGUGUGUCUAUGUCUUGGUUCAAGUUUGUAGUUCAAUUACAAGUACUAGAAGCAGAGCAAGUUCCAGUAAGCUUCCACCUGGUCCACGGAGGAUUCCAAUCUUGGGAAACCUCUUGGAUCUUGGUGACAAACCCCACAAGUCUCUGGCUGAGCUUGCCAAAACUCAUGGCCCCAUAAUGAGUCUCAAACUGGGCAACUUAAUCACAGUUGUUAUUUCUUCAGCAGCCAUGGCCAGAGAAAUCCUACAAACCAAUGACCUUAUCUUCAAUAAUAGAAUCAUUAUCGAUGCAGUCCGAGCCCGCCAACACCACGAACUGGGGAUGCCUUGGAUACCCGUUUCUCCACUGUGGAGAAAUCUUCGGAAAGUAUGCGAUUUACAUAUGUUGGGUAGUCAGACACUUGAUGCCACUCAGUACCUACGGCACAAGAAAAUUGAACAACUCAUUGCUACGGUUCAAGAAAGCAGUCGUCUUGGUGAGGUUGUAGAUAUAGGUCAAGCAGCUUUCAAUGCCACACUCAAUUACAUAUCAAGUACAAUGUUCUCUGUGGAUUUGGCUGACUCAAAUUCACAAAGGGCGCGAGAGUUCAAGAAAACUGUACGGGCUCUCGUGGAGGCGUUAGGAAAACCAAACUUGGCUGAUUAUUUUUCGUUGCUUAGAAGGGUUGAUCCGCAUGGUGUUAGGCACAUCAUAGCCAUUCAUUCUGAUAAGUUGCUUGAGAUUUUCGAAGGUAUGUAUGACGAACGGUUGCAGCUAAGGAAAGGGCAAGCUUCUCCAACAAAUGAUGAUUUCUUGGACACUCUAAUUGACAUUGUUGAAAACAAAACAGAGGAGCUGAACAGAAUACAUGUCAUGCAUUUGUUUUUGGAUUUAUUUGUGGCUGGAACUGAUACGACCACAAGCACAUUAGAGUGGGGAAUGACAGAAUUACUCUGCAACCCAAAGAUUUUACGGAAAGCCAGGGCAGAGUUAGAGAAAGUCAUCGGAAAGGCAAGGCAGGUUCAGGAAUCGGACAUUGCUUGCUUGCCAUACUUGCAAGCUAUCAUUAAAGAAACCCUCCGGAUGCACCCAGCUGCUCCUCUGUUGCUCCCUCGCAGAGCUGCAGCUGAUGUAGAAAUCUGUGGCUUUACAGUGCCAGAAGGCACACAGGUGCUGGUCAAUGCAUGGGCUAUUGGCAGGGAUCCUAGCAUUUGGGAGAUGCCAAGCUCUUUUAUACCGGAAAGAUUCUUGGGGUCUGAAAUUGAUGUCAAAGGCAAGCACUUUGAGCUGAUUCCGUUUGCUGGAGGGCAACGGCUAUGUCCCGCACUGGAUCUGUCACUGAGAAUGUUGCAUAUAAUGUUGGGUUCUCUCAUAAACUGCUUUGAUUGGAAGCUUGAAGAUGGAGUCACGCCAGAGAGCAUGAAUAUGGAGGAAAAAUUCGGGCUCAUGUUACAGAAAGCCGAUCCCUUGCGUGCUAUCCCAAUCCCUCUGUGAUUUAUAAUCAUGAUAUUUCCUGGGGAAGACUGCUAUUAAUUUAAGACUGUUAGUGUGCCUUGUGUUCUAAUCUUUAUAUGCCUGUUCUGUAAUAAUCAAAGGUUCCAACUUUUCUUCUUCUUUGUUUAAUGUUGCUUGUCUGUAUCUAUUUUAUGCUGUCAAGGAUCUAAUUUUGAUGUUGUACUGUAAUAAAAUUCAUAUAUUUGC